GGCGUGCACAACUACUGCACCACCACUGGCGCCAUCGGCAUGUAUGCGCAGCAAAUGGCCGACCAAGGCCUGCUGGGCUUCGCCUUCGCGCAAUCGCCGGAAUACGUCGCACCACACGGGACUAAUGAGGUACAAAAGGAUGCGUGAACUGAACAUGCAGCGGCGUGUGUCCGUUCGCCCACCAUCCUGUGUGUCUGCACAGGCCAUAUUCGGCACGAAUCCGUUGGCUAUUGGCAUCCCUCGCUCGUCAGGCUGCGAGUCGCUUGUGCUCGACAUGGCCACGAGCGUGAUGGCCUACUACGGCAUACACGAGGCCAAGGCGGCGGGGCGGCCUCUUCCCCCUAAUGUGGCCUAUGACUCGGAGGGCAACCCGACACAAGACCCCACAUGUAUGUGACGUCGGUAAGGCUUGGAGGGACACACAAACACGAGGAUGACGUCCACGGAUCCACACUCACCGUGGUGUGUGCAUGGCCUGUUACUGCGUUCAUCAGCCGCUUUGUCGGGUGCGCUCCUCGUGUUCGACAGGUCCGCAAACACAUGCACAAGCAUCAUGAGUGGGUCUCGCGUGUGUGUUUGGCGCAUCAUGUGUGUGGCAGGUCGCACAAGGGAUCGCAUCUCGCCCUGAUGGUGGAGAUCCUCGCUGGGGCACUCGUGGGAGCUGACGUUCAAAACAAAAAGGUCAGUUGGUGCGCACAGAUGCAACAAGGGUAGGGUGCGGUGCCUGCAUGUGUGUGUGGCUGUUGGUCGUGUGUGGUGGUUGCUGCUCACGCACCGCACAGACGGCCAACAAUUGGGGCACGCUGGUAUGCACGUGUGGGGGCGACUGACCGACCGACACAGACGCAUUGACGACACCCUCUGUUGCCUCUUCUGUGACGCUUGCAUGCAGCUGUUCGCCAUCGACCCCGCCGAGCUCGGCCCCACUGACGACUUCCACACCAAGACAGAGGUGCACAUCCCUGCAGCCAGGCAGGCAGGCAAACACACUUGAGUACGUUUGUGUCGCCUGUUUAUGAAUGCAUUCAGGCCAUCAUCGCCCGAGUGCGGUCGGCUCGGAAGCUCCCCGGUGUGAGUGAGAUCCUCAUGCCGGGCGAGAGGGGCAACCGGCUCGCCAGGCGAGUUGUGGAGAGCGGGCAGAUUGAGGUCGAGGCCAACCUGACGCAGCAGCUGAGGGAAUGUGCUGCCGGCUGACUGAACAGUCUUUUCUGUGGGGGCUGGCUGCAUGUCUUUCGAUGAAGCUUACACGACGAAGCUGCGUGCAUGAAUUUAUGUAUCGUUUUGCACUGUUCGUAUACCCACCCGACAGACAAUCCAGACAGACCAAGCACAGUCAACGCUAUUAUCUAUUGCGAGAAUCA